CUAUUUUUUUAUUGGAAUAGGCCCACGUCUUUCAGAGGAAAAGAAUGGGCGGGAAAUGGAGAAGGCAAAAGUAUACUUUCAGCGGGAAGACUGAAGUGGAGUUGAAAACAAAAAAGAAAUUUCCCAGCAAACAACACCGCCAACUCGCCUUCUUCAACCUCUCGGCCGCCAUUUUUGCAAUCACUAGAAGAAAAAAGGGGAAAAAAUGCCACCGAGAAAGAAGCUGAAGUCCUCUACCACCUCUUCUACUUCUACAGCUAAGAAGAAGAAAUCCGAAUCCUCUGCUGAUUCUCUGCAUCAGCAGCCUUCGAAGUUUGGGAUUCAGCAUUUCUUCAAUCGCCACAACCAGACCCAAAUCGGUUCUCCGGCUGCUCUUCAGAAUGAUUCAAACCCUCCGCCACCAGCGCCGCCUGCUGAACGUCCUCUUCUUUCCCCUAUCGCCGACCCCAAUAUUACCGCUCCCAUUCCCCAAAACCCUAAUCGUGCGGCUCUUGCUGCUUCAACUUCUCAAAUCUCUUCACCGCCCCCCGCGGCAGUCCUACAAUCUGUUCCCGAUGAACCAGAGCCGACGGGUCAAGUCUUCGUCUCGCCCGGAGCUUCUAAGUCUCCCUCCCGGAAGCAAUUCCAUUUCUCGCCUCAACUGCUGAUAAAGCUGACCCAGGAUGAUGGGGGAGACGAGAUUACAUGGAAGAUAUCGCCCGUGAACGAUAGGCUGCAAGCUGUUUCCAAGCAUUUGCCUGACAGCAUUAAGACCUUGGCUGAUGCUUCGAAGCUUGCCUCCUUCGCUAUUCACCAUUGCGCGUUAGAUAAGGACAAGGUUGCGCAGCUGUCUUCUUCAUUAGCCCCAGUCAGGGAAACUAAAGCUGGCUUCAAAAGGAUAAAAGCAUCACCGGAGGUAGCCAUCUCAGAGGGGAGUUGUGUAUCUAGUCAACCCAGUCCAUUCAAAACCCCCCCAUCUCUAACCUGCCAUCAAGAUAAGAUGGCCAACAUUUUUGCUGGAGCAUCUGAGGAACUAAUUCAAAGGCACCACAAAAAGGCAUUGAUUGAACUUUUAGAUCAAGUUGAGGAUGCAAUUUCUAUUGAAGACUUGAUGUCUGCGGACUUGAAUGCGCGUUCAUCCCAAGUCCAAGAAAAAGGUUGUCAGCAGAAGGCGUUCCAUUCCGAUCCUCCACAAACAAUUGAAAGGGCUCGCAAGAUAUCCUCAAGUAGCAAGUUUCUUGUACUGGAGGUUUGUGAAAAGCAUGGGCCUAGUGAUGGUGUGGCAGUUGAACGACCGUGUAAGGUUCUUCGCUUGCUUAACGAGAAAACAGGAGAAGAGCAAUCAGUCUAUUUGUGGGAAGAGUGGUAUUACAGUGUUGUUGCACCCGGAGAUACUGUCAAUGUGAUUGGUGAAUUUGACGAAUCCAGGAAGUGCAAUGUCGACAAGGACCAUAACUUUUUGGUUGUUCACCCAGAUAUAUUGGUCUCUGGAACUCGGGUUGCCGGAAGCUUCGGUUGUCAUAGGCGAGCUGUACUUGAUGAGAGACUAAAAAGCUUUGAGCACUCUGCUGCAGCAUUAAUUGGUACUUUGCUGCAUCAGAUUUUUCAGGCUGCUUUAAUAAAGGAGAAUCCUGAUGCUGACUUCUUGAAGGCGUAUGCCAGAACAGUCAUACAAAAGAACAUUGAGAGUUUGUACGCAUGCGGGGUCGAUGAAAAUGAAACGCUGAAGACCUUGGUUGACUUGAUACCCAAAAUGGUUAAUUGGAUUAUUAUGUUUAAGAAGUCACAGGAUUUACAAUUGUCAAAAGUUGAAUUUGGUAGCAACGAAGGGAUAAAGAAGCUAAGAAUUUCAGAGGUCUUUGACAUUGAGGAGAUGGGCUGGGCUCCCAAAUAUGGGUUAAAAGGAAAUAUUGAUGCUUCUCUUAAAGUGUCAGUUGAGUCAAGUACUAAUGGAAAAGCUGAGAAGAUCAUGCCUCUAGAGUUCAAAACCGGGAAAGUUCGGGAUGUACAGCUAUCAACUGAGCACAGUGUCCAAGUAAUCUUGUACACUCUCCUUAUGUCUGAGAGGUAUCAGGAACAUAUUGAUUCUGGACUCUUGUAUUACCUUCAACCAGAUCGUACACAGGGAAUUAAAGUACGAAGAUCUGAUGUUGUUGGAGUAAUGAUGCGUCGGAAUGAGCUUGCAAAUGAUAUCAGAAAGGCAUUAAUUUCACAAGUGCUGCCUCCAAUGUUACAGAGCCCAGGAACCUGCAGAACCUGCCGGCAUCUUGAUGUUUGUACCAUCUAUCAUAAGGUCCAUGGUGGAAGUGCAGAGGAAAGUGGCCUUGGCGAUGUUUUUGAAUCAAAUGUUCGCCAUCUAACAGCUGGUCAUCAUACAUUCCUCCGCCACUGGGAUCGGUUGACUGACUUGGAAGCGAAAGAAACACAGCUGGGGAAGAAUGAGAUCUGGUCUUCGAAUAGUAGUCUACCAUCUUUUCUACUUGAUACAAGUAAACUUCCAUGCGAGUCAUCUACCAAAGACAAUGGAUUCAUCUACCGUUUUGUGUGUAAAACUUCGCCUACUCAUGGCACUGAUGGCAAAAAACUGUCUGGCCCCCAUGAUCUGGAUCACAUGUUUAAAACUGGAGACUUUGUGGUUCUUAGCACUGAACCUGACCAGCAAACCAUCACGAGAGGCGUGAUAGCAGAUAUCAACCGCUUCCACGUUUCUGUCUCCGUUUCUAAGUGCUUAAGACUACCCCGCCGCACUUCCUCAGAGGAAGAUGAUAUCGCUCAUAAAGUCUGGAGGAUUAACAAAGAUGAAUCUGUGACUUCAUUUUCUGUUAUGCGGUCCAACAUUACGCAACUCUGUCUGAAGAGUGAAGAAAGUACUCAUCUUCGCAGAAUGAUUGUUGACCUUGAGGCCCCCAGAUUUGAAAGUGGAUGUAUUUAUAGCCAAGACCCAGCAAUUUCUUACAUUUGGUCAGUGAAGAGCUUAAACAGUGAUCAGCGUCGUGCAAUUCUUAAGAUGCUUGCAGCUAAGGACUAUGCUUUGGUAUUAGGCAUGCCUGGUACUGGCAAGACAUCCACCGUGGUGCAUGCUGUGAGGGCUUUCCUACUUAGAGGUGCAUCCGUCUUGCUUACGUCCUAUACAAACUCUGCCAUUGACAACUUACUGAUCAAACUAAAAGCUCAGGUCAAUGUCCCUUAUCCUUCUGUGACUUUUUAAUGGAAAUUUUAUGGUAAACGGCUUGGAUGCUAAGUUAAUGAAAUUAUUUAGUUAAGAUUAAAAGAAGGUCAGUAGCUAAAAUUUUGAUGGUUUUGCUAAAUAUAGCCACUUUUGGGGAAAUACCAAAAAUAGCCACUUCCGUCCAAUUGUUUGACGGUGUUAGUUGACUGGACUAAUGGAAAAGCUGACAUGUCAACCUUUUAGUCAAUAAAAAUAUGAGUUGGAAUUAACAGAAAAAAUAAAAAUAAAAAUUAUAUAUUUUUUUUAUUUUCUCUCUCCCUCUCGGUUCUUUCCCUUCUGUCCAACCGCCGCUCAAAAAUAGCGACUAUCCCCUCCUACCACCCGCCGCCGCCGAGCACAACCCCAAAUCAUCGCCACCACAAAGCACAGCCCAACACAAAUCCCCGUUGGCCACUGGAUCCCACCACCUUGUCAGCCUAACCUGAGCCUUCUCCCCUUCGCCACCAGAUCCCCCAACACUCUCUGCACCUUCGCCCCAACCUCGCCCACCGUCUUCGCCGACCUCACGCUCGACAUCCCGUCCAACUUCUCUCUAUCCCUUGCCUUGAUCAGCUACAACUUCGGGUUGAAGUUGCAGUUGGAUUUAUAGGAUAUGAAGAACUUGAGUUAGAUCUUAUAGGAACCGUUAGGUGCGGCGGAGGAUUGACGACAGCUGAACGAAGGCGACUAGGGAUUGGGAAUCUGGAUUGGCGAUCUGGGAAAUAGGGAUUGCGUUUAUGUUUUGGCGGGGGAUCUAGAUUGGCGAUUUGGGAAUAGGGAUUGGGAUUUGGUUCGAGCUCAAGUGUUGCCGAUUUGAAAUCCCCAGUUAAGAUGUAGAUAUAUUCACAGAUCGAGAUCGGAGGUAGAAAAUCGGACCAGGCAGAAGAGAUCAGGGGAGAUACUGGAUUUGAUUCUCGAAAAACUAGGGGGUAGGGAGUUGGAUCGGAGAAGAUUAAGAAGGGGAUUAAGAGAGAGGGGAGAUACUAGAUUUGAUUCUCGAAAUAUUGGAGGCAGGGAGUGGAUUGGAGAAGGUGAAGGGGAGUAAGAGAGAUCAGAGAAGAUGAAGCAUUUCCUUUUUUUUUUUGUUUUUAUUUUUAUUUUGUAAUGACGUGUCGUCCACCUGUCAGUGAAUGCUGAGGUGGAAAUGAAAGAGAGGGUGAGUUGACAGCCAAUUAAGCAUUCCGUUAAAUUAACUAACAGUGUCAUUGACGCCGUUAAAUUAUGUAACAAAAAUGGCUAUUAUUGUCAUCAAACUUUUAAAAUUCUGGCUAUUAUUAGUAUUUCCCAAAAAUAGCUAUAUUUGGCAAAAUCGUCAAAAUUUUGGCUACACAAGUGUAUUUGGCCUUAAAAGAAAUUAUUUAUACAAAAUGAUGCUGGAACUAGAUGUAAAAAAUGGCAAAUUGAAAUUAUUUCAUAGACUAAAAAGGCGGGAAGAGAAAGGCGGUAGAUGAAUGAGCAAGUCCGUUUUUUUACCGCCAGGUGGGUGAUUUUGAAUGAAUUAAAUAAUUUCGG